GCAUGCGCAGAGUCUGCCGCUGCCGGAUGGUGUUUAUUUCGGCUCCUCAAACGCUGAGAAAUGGCCGAUUCUGGGAGGAUUAUUGGAAGAAGAUUUUCAGAUAGGAAACUCAAAUCAAGAAUGACAAGAUUUGAUGCAGUCACUCCAUUCAUCAGAACCUGACUAUCGUCAUCACUUGAAUGUGGAAUGAAUAAGUUUCACAGGGUAUUAGAAGAGGAGGAUUUGCAACCGGGAAACUCAAACCAAAGAACACAACAGAUCUGAUGGAGUCGCCUAAUUUAUCAUAUCCUGAAUAUCAUCAGAUUUUGAACAUGGAAGGAAAAAGCACCGUUCACAGUGGGGAGAAACCAUACAAGUGUUCUGUGUGUGGACGAGGCUUCAGCCGAUCAUCUGGCCUUUCGAGACACAAGCACAGUCACAGCGGGGAGAAACCGUGGAAAUGUGGGAACUGUGGAAAGGGAUUCAGUUACCCAUCUGAGCUGAAAACUCAUCACCGCACUCACACUGGGGAGAGGCCGUUCAUCUGCUCCCAGUGUGGGAAGGGGUUCACUAAUUCAUCCACCCUGCUAAUACACCAGCGGGUUCACACUGGGGAGAGACCGUUCACCUGCUCAGAGUGUGGGAAAGGAUUCACUCAGUCAUCUAACUUGCUGAUACACCAGCGAGUUCACACUGGGGAGAGACCUUUUAAAUGCCCAGACUGUGGGAAAUUUUUUAGAAGUUCCGGGGACCUGAUGUGCCAUCAACGUGUUCACACUGAUGAGAGACCAUUUAGAUGUUCUCAGUGCGGGACUGGGUUCAAGGGAUCAUUUCAACUCACUGUACACCAGCGAAUUCACACUGGGGAGAGACCAUUCACCUGCUCCAUGUGUGGGAAGGGAUUCACUCAAUUAUCCCAUGUGCUGAGACAUGAGAGAGUUCACACUGGGGAGAGACCUUAUAAAUGCCCAUGCUGUGGGAAGUGCUAUAAAAGUUCGGGGGAACUGAUGUCCCAUCAGCGUGUUCACACUGAUGUGAGACCGUUCGUGUGCUCUCAGUGUGGGACUGGGUUCAUGCUAUCAGCGGAACUCACUAAACACCAACGAGUUCACACCGGGGAGAGCCCAUUCACCUACUCCGAGUAUGGGAAAGGAUUCACUUGGUGAUCCACCCUGCUGAGUCAUCAGUGAGUUCAUGAGUAACUACAGUGAAUGCCUAACAUAAGUUCUGGGGAAAAUGCUAGGCUCUAUUAUAAAGGACAUGGUAACAGAACACUUGGAAAGCAUAAAUGGUCAAAGACAAAGUCAGCAUGGGUUUAUGAAAGGGAAAUCAUGCUUAACUAAUCUACUGGAGUUUUUUGAGGAUGUAACUAGUAGGAUAG